AUGUCGACCACGAUUGAAAAGAUUAAGGAGAUCGAGUCCGAGAUGGCUCGGACUCAAAAGAACAAGAACACCUCGUUCCAUUUGGGACAACUGAAGGCCAAGCUUGCUAAGCUCAAGCGUGAACUGUUGACCCCCAGUGGAGGAGGUGGUGGCGGUGGCUCUGGUUUCGAUGUUGCGCGUACUGGUGUCGCCAGUGUUGGUUUUAUUGGUUUCCCGUCCGUCGGCAAGAGUACCCUGAUGAAUAAAUUGACUGGCCAACACUCCGAAGCCGCGGCCUACGAGUUCACAACCCUCACGACUGUCCCCGGUCAGGUGAUGUACAACGGUGCUAAGAUCCAGAUUCUCGAUCUUCCUGGUAUUAUUCAAGGUGCCAAAGACGGAAAGGGUCGUGGUCGUCAGGUCAUUGCUGUGGCCAAGACUUGCAACCUCAUUUUCAUUGUCCUUGACGUGAACAAGCCUUUGGUUGAUAAGCGAGUCAUCGAGAACGAAUUGGAGGGCUUCGGUAUUCGAAUCAAUAAGAAGCCCCCCAACAUUCUGUUCAAGAAGAAGGACAAGGGUGGUAUUGCCAUCACCAGCACCCAGCCUUUGACUCACAUUGACAACGAUGAAAUUAAAGCUGUGAUGAACGAAUACAAGAUUUCAUCUGCUGAUAUCUCCAUUCGAUGCGAUGCUACUAUUGAUGACCUGAUUGAUGUUCUGGAAGCGAAAUCUCGCAGCUACAUCCCCGUCGUUUAUGCACUGAACAAGAUCGAUGCCAUCUCCAUCGAAGAGCUGGACUUGUUGUACAGAAUUCCCAACGCCGUUCCCAUCAGUUCAGAGCACGGAUGGAACGUCGACGAGCUGAUGGAAAUGAUGUGGGACAAGCUCAAAUUGCGCCGAAUCUACACCAAGCCCAAGGGCAGAGCGCCCGAUUAUUCGGCCCCUGUUGUGUUGCGUUCAUACGCAUGCACAGUCGAGAACUUCUGUGACUCUAUUCACCGAACCAUCAAGGACGACUUCAAGCACGCCGUUGUGUAUGGUCGCUCAGUGAAGCACCAACCGCAGCGCGUCGGUCUUUCGCACGAACUUGCUGAUGAAGAUAUUGUGUCGAUCGUCAAGCGGUAA